AUGUUUGGCCAGGAUUACACGUUCUCUUCUAUCUAUCUAUCUAUCUAUCUAUCUAUCUAUCUAUCUAUCUAUCUAUCUAUCUAUCUAUCUAUCGCAGUCUGUUCAUAUCUAUCUAUCUAUCGAUCGCAGUCUGUUCAUAUCUAUCUAUCUAUCUAUCUAUCUAUCUAUCUAAGUAUGCUCAUAUCUAUCUCAUCUAUCAUCCAUCCAUCUAUCUAUCUAUCUAUCUAUCUAUCUAUCUCAGUAUGCUCAUAUCUACCAUCUAUCUAUCUAUCUAUCCAUCGCAGUCUGUUCAUAUAUAUCUCAGUCUGUUCAUAUCUAUCUAUCAUCCAUUCAUCUAUCUAUCUAUCUAUCUAUUCUAUCUAUCUAUCUAUCUAUCAUUGUUCAUAUCUAUCUAUCUAUCUAUGUAUCUAUCUAUCUAUCUAUCUCAGUCUGUUCACAUCUAUCUCAGUCUGUUCAUACCUAUCUAUCUAUCUAUCUAUGACAGUGUGUUCAUAUCUAUCUAUCUAUCUAUCUAUCUAUCUAUCUAUCUAUCUAUCUAUCUCAGUAUACUCAUAUCGCUCUCUCUCUUUCUAUAUCUAUCUAUCUAUCUCUGUAGGCUCAUAUCUAUCUAUCUAUCUAUCUAUCUAUCUAUCUAUCUAUCUAUCUAUUUCGGGUCACAUCUAUCUGUCUAUCUGUCUAUUUCGGGUCACAUCUAUCUACCAAUCUAUCUAUCUAUUUCAGGUUACAUCUAUCUAUCUAUCUAUCUAUCUAUCUAUCUAUCUAUCUAUCUAUCUAUCUCAGUCUAUUAAUAUCUAUCUGUCUCAACAGGUUCACAGAGUAAAAAAGGUGGGUCUGGCUUGGGAAGCACGUAUUGGACCAUUGGGCAAAAAGCGUGGAGAGGAAGUUGUGGCGACUAUUGACGCGGACCUCUCCUCCCUCACACCAGCUUCAGAUUUUUUCUCUCAUUUCUGUGACCGUCAUUCAAAAGCCAUCACUUGCCUCUGUGAAGGUACGUCUCAGCCUCUCUGCCUCUCCCAGUCCCUCUCUCUUUUUCCCCACGUCUUCUUCCUCUUUCACCUCCCACCUUCUUUAAUUCUCUUUCCUCGUCACAAGUACUUUUCAUUUCAAGCGGGGAUCUUUAUUUUCGAAUCUUUUCUAGUGAAUAAUAGUCACUUCUUUCUCAGAUUCUUGUGA